AUGGCAGCCAAAGAAGGAGAAUCAGUCCCAUCGGAGGCCGCUCCAUCCCAAGUCUCCCUCAACGACACAAGAAAUCUCGUCCAAGAUGCCCACCUAGUAACAUGGGCCAUGGACGACCGCGAAAACCCCAAAAACUGGAGCAUCAGCAAGAAAUGGGCUGUGACCAUCACCGUGUCGCUCUUCACAUUCAUUUCCCCCGUCUCAUCCUCCAUGAUCUCACCCGCCUUGACCAAGAUCGCCAAAGAACUCAACAUCACAUCGCAAGUCGAAUCCGAACUAAGUCUCUCUGUCUUCGUGCUCGCCUACGCCGUCGGCCCACUCUGCUUCGGCCCGCUAUCCGAACUCUUUGGUCGUGCCUACGUCCUGCAAUGCAGUAAUCUAUGCUACGUGGCGUGGAACCUUGGAUGCGGCUUCGCGCAGACAUCGGGGCAGUUGAUCGCGUUUCGUUUCAUGAGUGGGAUAGCAGGUAGUGCGCCGUUAGCUAUUGGAGGUGGUGUUCUCAGUGACUGCUGGAACGCCGAUCAACGCGGCAAAGCCGUCGGCAUCUACAGCCUGGCCCCCCUUCUCGGUCCCGUCGUGGGCCCCAUCGCGGGUGGCUUCAUCGCCGAAACGACGACCUGGCGGUGGGUCUUCUGGGCGACAAGCAUCGCCGGCGCCGUGAUCCAACUAAUCGGGCUGGCCUUCCUGCCCGAGACAUAUGCACCGACAUUGCUCAAACGACGCGCGCGGACCCUGCGCCAGAAGACUGGCGACGAGGGAUACCACACGGAAGCAGACACGCAGAACGCAAGCCUGAUGUCCACAUUGCAGCGCGCUCUCGUCCGCCCAUUCAUCCUCCUCACCACGCAGCCCAUUGUGCAAGUCAUCGCGCUGUACAUGGCGUAUCUCUUCGGAUUGUUUUACCUGUUGCUCUCGACCUUCCCUCAAGUCUGGGAGGAGGUCUACGGCGAGAGCGUCGGCAUUGGCGGGCUGAACUACAUUUCCCUAGGCAUUGGAUUUGUGUUGGGAGCGCAGGUGAACGCGCGCGCCAGCGACCGCAUCUACAAACAGCUCAAGGCCAAGCGGAAUAACACCGGACUACCCGAGUUCCGUAUCCCGGCUAUGUUUGUCGGCUCAUUGUUUAUCCCGGUCGGGUUGUUCUGGUAUGGAUGGAGUGUGCAGGCACAUAUCCACUGGAUUAUGCCCAAUAUCGGUAUUGUGUUGUUUAGUAUUGGGAGCAUUAUUUGUCUGCAGUGUAUGCAGACUUAUACGCGGUUUGCGGCGAGUGGGUUGGCUGCUGCGGUCGUGUUGAGGAGUCUGGCGGGCUUUAGUUUCCCGUUGUUUGCGCCGUAUAUGUAUGAUAAGCUGCACUAUGGCUGGGGGAAUAGUUUGCUUGGAUUUUUGAGUAUCGGGAUUGGAGUGCCGGCGCCUUGGGUGUUUUGGUUCUGGGGGGCGAAGUUGAGGGGGAUGUCG